GCCAUGUUGUAGUGAAUAGUGAUGUGGACCAUGUGGACACUCACCACUAGUUCUAGCUUGAUGCAAUAGUAGUAAUUAGUUUGGUUAUGAUAGUGUGUUGUGUUUGACAGUAUUGUAUUGUUGGAUACAUUCUGGGUUAUCAAUAAUAACAAAAUUGUUCGGGAUCAGGUUUUCGUUUUUUCCUAAACAUCUUAUUGUCUGAUUAGAAAGAUUUACUAACCUUCAAUCCUACUUCUACGAGUUGAAUAGCUAAUAUUAAACAAUAUUUCUAGUGCAUUUACAUCAUGGUGUUAGACUUAGAUUUAUUUCGCUCUGACAGAGGUGGAAAUCCUGACAAAAUAAGAGAAAACCAGAAAAAGCGGUUCAAAGAUUUGACACUUGUGGAUGUUAUCAUUGAUAAUGACUCCAAAUGGCGACACUAUCGCCACAAUGGUGACACCUACAACAGGCUCAAAAAUGUGUGUAGCAAGGAAAUUGGUGAAAAGAUGAAGAAAGCCAAACAUCGGAUUGUCAAAGAUGAUAAAGUAACUAAAAAGACAGAUUUACAAUCAUUCAAUAGUCACUUUGCUGAGUUCAGCUAUGUCGAUGGGUUUGUUCCCACAAUGGCAGAUACACAUCUUUGGGAGCGCAUUUCAAAAGAAUAUAAUUCCACUGAAAUAGAUGCAUUUCCUUAUUUAUACAGGUGGUUUCAUCACAUCAACAGUUUUGGUUCAGAGCGACAAACAUUUCAUGCUUCGCAGAAAAAAGAGCCGAUGGGUGAGGACGACUUGCCACCGUCGAUCACUGUCGCCAACAUCACUCCCGAGGUUAUGAAGACUCUGUCCAUUAACCAGAUCAAGAAGUUCCGCGCUGUGUUAGACAAGGCAAUAAUCGACAACGAGGCGAACGUUGCCACUGUAGAACUGGCCAGGAAUGCUGCUCUCUCUGAGAUUGGCAAUAUGCUGCAUGACUCUGUUCCUAUCAGCAACGAUGAGGAAGAGAAUGCUGUGGUUCACUUACAUGGAGACGUGACUCAACGCAAGAAGUACUCCCAUGUGGAUCUGGUCCACAUGGUGGAUGGUGUAGAAGCGGAUGCUGGGGCUGUGGUGGCAGGAGGUCGUGGUUACUACCUCAAGGGUCCCCUAGUGCUGAUGCAGACAGCCUUGGUACAGAUGGCGUUGCACCGUUGGGUGGCAAAAGGCUAUGUUCCUAUUUACACUCCUUUCUUCAUGCGUAAAGAGAUCAUGCAGGCAGUGGCACAGCUUGCACAGUUCGAUGAGGAGCUUUAUAAGGUAAUCGGGAAAGGCAGUGAAAAGGUAGGAGAGGAGGUGCCUGUCGAUGAGAAGUAUCUGAUAGCAACUUCAGAACAGCCAAUAGCAGCUUUACACAGAGACCAAUGGUUGGCAGAGGCAUCGCUGCCGAUACGAUAUGUCGGCCAGUCCACAUGCUUCCGGCAAGAGGUGGGGUCACACGGUCGUGAUACCCGGGGUAUCUUUCGAGUUCAUCAAUUUGAGAAGAUAGAACAGUUUGUGCUGACUUCUCCAUUCGACAACAAGUCUUGGGAGAUGAUGGAUGAGAUGAUAAACAACUCCAAGGAGUUCUACGAGGAACUGGGCCUUGGUUACCGUGUGGUAAACAUUGUGUCAGGAGCCCUCAACAACGCUGCGGCCAAGAAACUGGACCUUGAAGCUUGGUUUCCUGGAUCAGGUGCUUUCCGUGAGUUGGUGUCUUGCAGCAAUUGCUUAGACUACCAGGCCAGACGUCUACUUGUUCGAUAUGGGCAGACCAAGAAAAUGAAUGCUCAGACGGACUAUGUGCACAUGUUGAAUGCAACUGCGUGUGCAACUACAAGAGUGAUCUGCGGAAUUUUGGAAACGUAUCAGACAGAAACGGGUGUCCAAAUACCACCAGCUUUGAAAAGCUUUUUCCCUCCAGGGUAUCCUGACAUUAUUCCGUUUGUCAAACCAGCACCCAUAGAAGAAACUGAGACUAAAAAACAGAAGAAACAAAAAGAAGGCAUGGUUAAGAAGAAAGUGCCAGAUUCCGCAUAGUAUAAAAACAGAUAAAAUGUGACUUUGUGAUAUUUGUAACUGUAUUCUAUGCCUUCUUAUUUGUAUUUAUGGUUUGAUAUAAUUAUAAUGUAACUUUACAUUAUUCA